CGUUGGCACAAUUACAGUGACAUUUUAUAAUUUUCAAUUUUUUGUGUAUGCAUAUUUGGCAAUCAAAAUUAGUCAAUCAACAAUAAGUGGGAAAAAAAGAAAAAAAAAUCUCAUUGUUCCAAGAUCAUGUUAACAUUCAGCAUAUGGAAAAUAUUUGCAUUAUCAAAUAAUGAUGUUUGUAUACGUUCGAACACGUGGCAUUCACGCUUAUAUUUGAAAAUAUUUAUGAUCAUAUUUGUUUGCUUCAUCACAACAACCAUAAAUAUCAAUGCUAAUCCAAUGAUUAAUAUAACCGAUCAACAAUCCGAAAUAGAAGUGAAUAAUGGUAUCAAUAUUAGCAAUAAUGUUGAUGAUAACGAACAAGUAACAACAUCUAUACCGUCUGUUGAAACAACAACUAAUGAAUUCAUUUCAUCAACUGCCGAUCAAGAAUCUGGAACAACAAAAUUGAAAGUUAAAACUACUUUUGCGACAUUCGACUUUGAUGCAGAUCCAAUCUGUGAUCCAAAAACUGAAGUAUUGACUAAUUGUUCAAAUGCUUGUCCCAAAACAUGUGAAUUUUUGGAUCGAAAACCAUGUAAAUCUUUUUGCUGGAAAAGUUGUGAUUGUAAACCGGGUUAUGUAAAAGAUUAUGAUUUGAAAUGUAUUCUCCCUGAAGAAUGUCCAAAAUGUGAAAAUAAUGAAAAUUAUAAAAGAUGUGGUUCAGAAUGUGAAGUAACUUGUGAAACAUAUCGAAAUCCAUUUCCAUACUGUAAUCGAAAUAAUUGUAAACGCGGCUGUUUCUGUAAUUAUGGUUACGUUCGUGAUAUGUCGAAAAAUGGAACCUGUAUACCGUUCGCUGAAUGUCCCAAUAAAUGUGGUCCAAAUGAAUAUUGGGAUGUGAAUGGUGAACCAUGUAUCCGUACGAGAGAAAAUCCAAGGCCAAAAUGUCUGUUUGAAAAAAGGAUUCCAAGUUGCGUUUGUAAUACAGGAUUUAAACGUGAUCCAAAUACUAAAGAAUGUCGGCCAAUAGCAACAGAACCAAUCAAAUGUGAACAAAAUGAAAUCUAUUCGCAAUGUGGUUCGGAAUGUGCAAUACAUUGUUCUGAUGAAAAUAAACGUGAAACAUGUCCAACUGUUUGUAAUCGUGGAUGUUUCUGUAAGGAUGGUUAUCGUCGUCACGCUAACACAUUACAAUGUGUACUACCUGAAGAAUGUGGUAAAAAGUCGAAUGAUAAUUACGGCAGAACAAUAGUGGAAUUUGCCUAAAAUAUGAUUCACUAUCUCAUGAUUCUGAUUUCAAAAAAAAGCCAAAACUUGGAAUUUAUCCAUCAUUUUAUGCCAUCUAUCGUUUCAGUGGCGAAUAACGUCAUUUUGAAUUUUUUUUGUUUG